AUGACCGUUACCACUCCUCUGAUAACCGUAUUCGGCGCUACCGGCAACCAAGGUGGUGCUGUCGCUCGCUCAUUGCUGAAAAAUCCUUCCUUCAAGGUUCGAGCACUCACUCGAAACCCCAGCUCCGAUGCUAGUCAGGCACUGGUAUCUCAAGGUGCCGAGGUUCAACAGGCGGAUGGAUUUGAUAAAGAGUCUAUGCUCUCCGCAUUUGCCGGUUCGUGGGGCGCUUUUGUCAAUAUCAACUCGGACGACAAGUCAAUCAAGGAAAAAGGUCUGACCGAAUUUGAUAUGGGCAAGACCAUUGUGGAUGCAGCAGCGGAAGCUGGAGUGCGUCAUUUCGUCUUCAGCUCCGGGCCUAACAGCCUUGAGCUUACUGGUGGGAAGGUCAAAAUGAAUGCCGCGCAGGCGAAAUACGACAUCGAGCAGUAUGCGCGAGGUAUCGACCGCUUUGAAACAGUCGGUUUCAUCUGUGUGGCAUGGUUCUUGGAGAAUUUUUCUAUCAAAGAGAUUGCACCUAUCUUCGGCGGAUUCCCUCACCUGCCCGAUCCCGAGGGAUAUUUGACCUUUGUCGCACCAAAAUGGGGUGGCAAAGAAGAUGUGCCCUUCCUCAGCAUAUCGGAGGACCUCGGAGACAUUGUGCAGGGUAUGUUCCUUGAUCCUUUGCGGUGGAAUGGCAAGGUUGUUCAUGGCUGCAGCGAUAUCUGCAGCAUGGACGAUGUUGUCUCACAGUUCGAAAAGGUGACUGGACGCAAAUCCCGGUUCCAGCCGCUUGAAUCUUGGCAAGCAUUUAAUACCCAUGGUGUUGCCGAGCUAGAGGACACCAAGAUGAUGUUUGGAAUGACGCAGGGUAGUGGAGGACGGUACUUUGGACCCGAGGCCUCCGAGAAGAAAACUGCCUUGGAACUCAAGCGAAACACCGCAUUGGCUCUGGGUAUGUCCAAGAAGGAACAGGAGUUGACGACGGUCGAGUCUUGGUUCCGUAAGCACUCUCCCUCGUGGUAA